UGUCUCACUGUCAGUGUCUCUCUCUCUCAGGAUGUCUCAACAAAAGUCUGCCAUCCUCUCCGUCUACGAUAAGACUGGUCUGCUCGACCUGGCCAAGGGCCUCGUCAAACAGAAUGUCCGGUUGCUUGCCUCCGGUGGUACGGCGCGGUUGAUUCGGGAGGCGGGCUUCCCUGUCGAAGAUGUCUCCGCCAUCACUCAUGCACCGGAGAUGCUGGGUGGUCGUGUCAAGACUCUCCACCCUGCUGUCCACGGUGGUAUCCUGGCUCGUGACAUCGAGUCCGACGAGAAGGAUCUGGCCGACCAGAACAUCUCCAAGGUCGACUUCGUUGUCUGCAACCUGUACCCCUUCAAGGAGACGGUGAAGAAGGUCAACGUCACCAUCCCCGAAGCCGUCGAGGAGAUCGACAUCGGUGGUGUGACUCUCCUCCGUGCUGCGGCCAAGAACCACGCCCGUGUGACUAUCCUCUCCGACCCCCAGGAUUACCCUGAGUUCCUCAAGGAGCUGGAGGCCGGUGAUAUCACCGAUGCCAGUCGCAAGUCCUAUGCCCUCAAGGCCUUCGAGCACACCGCCGACUACGACACUGCCAUCUCCGGCUUCUUCCGCAAGGAGUAUGCUGGCAACGGCGACAAGUACCUGGCUCUCCGCUACGGUACCAACCCCCACCAGAAGCCUGCCUCUGCCUACAUGGUUGAGGGCAAGCUUCCCUUCAAGGCCCUGAACGGAUCUCCCGGUUACGUCAACCUCCUGGACGCCCUCAACGCCUGGGCUCUGGUCAAGGAGCUCAAGCAGGCCUUGGGCUACCCUGCCGCUGCCAGCUUCAAGCACGUUUCCCCCGCCGGUGCAGCUGUCGGUGUCCCCUUGAACGAGAAGGAGCGUAAGGUCUACAUGGUUGAUGACAUUCCGGGUAUCGAGACCUCUGGCUUGGCUCAGGCUUAUGCUCGUGCCCGUGGUGCCGACCGUAUGUCCAGCUUCGGUGACAUUCUGGCUCUGAGUGACAUUGUCGAUGUUCCCACUGCCAAGAUCGUCUCCCGUGAGGUCUCUGACGGUGUCAUCGCCGCCGGCUACACCCCCGAGGCUCUGGAGAUCCUCUCCAAGAAGAAGGGUGGCAAGUACCUUGUUCUCCAGAUGGACGAGAACUAUGUUCCGGCUGCCGAGGAGACUCGCACGCUGUACGGUGUGCAGCUCUCCCAGCACCGCAACGAUGUCGUCAUCUCUCCCCAGAAGACCUUCAACACCAUCAUCACUCCUAAGGACUUGAAGGCUCUUCCUGACUCCGCCCUGCGCGAUCUUACCGUCGCCACCAUCGCGCUGAAGUACACUCAGUCCAACUCUGUGUGCUAUGCUCUGAACGGCCAGGUCAUCGGUCUCGGUGCUGGCCAGCAGAGCCGUAUCCACUGCACUCGUCUGGCUGGUGACAAGGCCGACAACUGGUGGAUGCGCUUCCACGACCGUGUGCUGAACAUCAAGUGGAAGCAGGGCACCAAGCGUGCCGAUAAGAGCAAUGCUAUUGACCUGCUCUGCUCGGGUCAGACCCCUCGCAACGAGGCCGAGCGUGUGGAGUAUGAGCGUGUGUUCGAGGAAGUCCCCGCCCCUUUCACCGCGGAGGAGCGUGAGUCUUGGCUGCAGAAGUUGAGCGAGGUUGCUGUCUCCUCUGAUGCUUUCUUCCCCUUCAUUGACAACGUCUUCCGUGCCGCCCGCUCGGGUGUGAAGUACAUUGCUGCUCCCAGCGGUAGCCAGAACGACCGUCCCGUCUUCGAAACCUCUGAGAAGCUGGGUAUUGUCUUUGUUGAGCAGGGUACCCGUCUGUUCCACCACUAACGUGACAUGGAUGGGGCGGGUCCAUGCCAAACAAUCACACCUGUGAUGGUUGUGUUUUUACGAUGAUUUAUUCCUGAAACUGUGAUGAUCAAAGGCCUGCAAUAGCGAUAUCCCAAUUUUAAAAAGUGCCUUGUUAUGAGA